AUGGCCAUGGAGAACAAGACGGCUGUCAGCUAUUUUGUUCUGUCAGGUGUUUCCAGUGACCCACAGCUCCAGCCUUUCAUUUUUCUGGUGUUUCUACUAAUAUACCUAUUAACUGUGUUGGGGAAUGGCACGAUCAUGAUGGUGAUAACAUAUGAACCUCACCUUCACAGCCCUAUGUAUUUUUUCCUAACACAUUUAUCCUUCAUUGACAUCUGCUACUCUAUAGUCACUGUUCCAAAGAUGCUGCAGAAUUUGUUGGCAGAUAAGAAAACCAUUUCUUUUGAUGGCUGCCUUGUCCAGAUGAGCUUAAUUCUUCUGGUGUCUGGCACAGAAAUUUCUAUGCUAUCAGCAAUGGCCUAUGAUCAGUAUGCUGCCAUCUGUGCCCCGCUGCAUUACUUGAGGACCAUGAAUAAGCAAGUCCACAUAAGACUAGUGGGUGGUACAUGGCUGAUCAGCAUCUUUCAUGCACUAACAAACACUGUUCCUGUAUUACAUUUACAUUUUUGUGGGCCCAAUGAAAUUGAUAAUUUCAGUUGUGAGCUCCCAUCUGUACUAGAACUGUCUUGUACAGAGACCUUCAUCUGUAAAAUGACACUUCUCACUUCAGUUUUAGGUUUAACCGCUUUCUCCAUCACCCUGGUCUCUUACAUCUGCAUCAUCUCCACCAUCCUUAAGAUACCCUCAGCUGAAGGUGGGGGUAAAGCCUUCUCUACCUGCAGUUCCCACCUCACUGUGGUUGUUCUGUAUUAUGGGGCUGCUUUAUUUCGAUAUCUGAGACCUAAUUCAGCCUCUUCAGUCAUUCUUGACAGACUCUUCUCCAUCCAGUACAGUAUCUUAACUCCCAUGUUAAACCCUAUCAUCUACAGCCUGAGAAACAAAGAGGUAAAAGUAGCUCUGGGGAAUAUACUGCAGAAAAUGAAAGGGUUGUGA